AUGGAUUUAUUAACCACACUGUAUGGAUGUUUACUCGCAUUUUGUUUAUCACCAUUUGUUUGUGGAUCUAAACAGAAGUCAUGCGGGGGGCACCUGGAUGCCAGCAACGCAGGGUACCUCACCACGCCCGGGUACCCGCUGGAGUACCCGCCCCAUCAGGACUGCCGCUGGAUCAUCACCGCGCCCGAGCCCUCCCAGCGCAUCGUCCUCAACUUCAACCCUCACUUUGAGCUGGAGAAACUGGACUGCAGGUAUGACUACAUCGAGAUCCGGGAUGGAAACUCUGAGACAGCAGACCUGCUGGGGAGGCAUUGCAGUAACAUCGCUCCGGCGGCUGUCAUCUCCUCCGGGCCUGUCCUGUACAUUAAAUUUGUCUCUGACUACGCCCACCAGGGUGCUGGAUUCUCACUGCGCUACGAGAUCUACAAGACAGGUUCGGACUGCUCCAGGAACUUCACUAGUCUGUCUGGAGUGAUCGAGUCUCCUGGCUUCCCAGACAAAUACCCGCACAACCUGGAAUGUUCUUUCAUCAUCAUCGUUCCUCCGCACAUGGAUGUCACGCUCACUUUCCUCACCUUUGACCUCGAGAACGACCCCCUGCAAGGGUCAGAUAGCGAAUGCAAGUACGACUGGCUGGAGAUCUGGGAUGGUCUGCCACAGGUGGGACCUCUGAUUGGACGUCACUGUGGUACCAAAACCCCUCCUGAGAUCAGGUCAUCUACGGGCAUCCUGUCUCUGUCCUUCCACACGGACAUGGCUGUGGCCAAAGAUGGUUUCUCUGCCCGCUACAACAUGACACAAAAGGAAAUCAGUGCAGGCCCCCACUGUAGUAGUGCUUUUGGGAUGGAGUCCAAACAUAUCUCAGACGAUCAGAUCUCUGCCUCUUCUACCUUCUAUGACGGUCGCUGGUCCCCUCACCAAGCACGACUCAACUACAAUGACAAUGCCUGGACGCCCAAUGAGGACAGUAACAAAGAGUAUAUACAGGUGGACCUGCACUUCCUCAAGGUCCUGACUGGCAUUGCUACCCAAGGGGCUAUCUCCAAAGAGACUGGCAAGCCUUACUAUGUCACCACCUUUAAGCUGGAGCUCAGCACCAAUGGAGAAGACUGGAUGGUCUAUCGCCAUGGCAAGAACCAAAAGGUUUUCCACGCCAAUUCAGACCCCACAGAGGUGGUCCUCAACAGGAUCCCACAGCCGGUUUUGGCCCGUUUCGUCCGAAUCAGGCCCCAGACUUGGAAAAACGGCAUCGCUCUCCGUUUUGAACUCUACGGCUGUCAGAUCACCGAUGCACCGUGUUCAGAGAUGCAAGGGAUGCUCUCUGGGCAGAUCCCUGACUCUCAGAUCUCAGCCUCCUCCAUGCGAGACAUCCAUGGUUCCAUGGGAGCUGCACGACUGGUGGCAAGUCGCUCUGGCUGGUUCCCUAACCCCACACAGCCUGUGGCUGGGGAGGAGUGGCUCCAGGUGGACCUCGGGGUCUCCAAAAACGUGCAAGGCGUCAUCACACAGGGAGCCCGCGGCGUAGACGGCAGCACCAGCGCAGAAAACCGCGCCUUCGUGCGCAAAUACCGUGUGGCCCACAGUCUAAACGGCAAAGACUGGAGCUACAUCACUGACAAGAAGACAGGACUUGUGAAGAUAUUUGAAGGGAACACUCAUUACGAUACUCCAGAGAUCCGUCGCUUCGACGAGGUAGCCGCUCAGUUUAUCCGGAUCUAUCCGGAGAGGUGGUCCCCAGCAGGCAUCGGAAUGAGGAUGGAAGUCCUGGGCUGUGACUUACCAGAAUCCACCACCAUUCCCGAUACACCUACACCGACGCCGCCUGAAGAGGAGACCAGCACUACCCAGAGAGGGCCGAUAUCAUCCACUGUAUCUUUGGGUGAAAUGUGUGACUUUGAGCGAGAUCUGUGCAGUUGGGUUCACGAUCCCAAAGCUGAUCUGAGCUGGUCCCUACACAGCAGCUCUGGUCUGGACCUCUCCCCUGGUUCUGAUGAUUUCGGGAGUUUCCUGUACAUUGACGCGAGCCCUAAAGCAGAACGACAGCGUGCGAGGUUGCUGAGCCCAGCGGUCGGUCCGGAGAGAGGUCCACUCUGCCUCCUGUUUCACUACCAGUUGCAUGGGGAUGCCCAGGGCAGUCUGAGGGUGCUCCUCAGAGACCCCGACGAGGAGGAGACACUACUCUGGGCCCUGAAGGGUGACCAGGGACCCACGUGGAAGGAGGGACGCACCAUCCUACCCCAGUCUCCUAAAGAAUACCAGGUGGUGAUUGAGGCUUUCUUUGAGCACAGCGGCAGAGGUCACGUCUGGAUCGACAAUAUUCACAUGAGCUCCAGUACUGAGCUGGAACAGUGCACACAGCCCUAUGCUGCCUUUCCUCCAGACAUGACCGAACGGAGGCCAGUUGAUUUUGGAAACGAUCCACUGUUCCACGGCAGAGAGCGGUUCGAUCAAGGUUUUCCUUUCCCUGCGUUGAGCACACCGGGACCAUCGCGAGAGCCUCCGGUGACGCGGGUGUCGGAGAAGGACAACGCCUGGCUCCUCACCCUGGACCCCAUCCUGGUCACCAUCAUUGUGAUGAGUUCCUUGGGCGUCCUGUUGGGGGCGGUGUGCGCGGGUCUUCUGCUCUACUGCACGUGCUCCUACAACGGCCUCUCCUCCCGAAGCUCCACGACGCUGGAGAACUACAACUUUGAGCUGUAUGACGGCAUCAAGCACAAGGUCAAAAUCAACCAGCAGAGGUGCUGUUCUGAGGCCUGA